AUGGUCGGCGAGAUCUUUGUAGCGAGCUCUGGCGCUAUGCUAUCGCGAGGACUACGCUUAAUAAAUGGUGGAGGUGGCGGUGGUGGUGGUGGUGGUCGUCGUCGUUGUCGUUGUCGAUUUGCUGAUUUUCCAAGCCAGGGCCUUCUUAUUCUUAUGGCCGAACAGGCGAACAGUGCCGACUCUAAAAAUCAGAAAAACAUCUGUUUCUGCUCCACGGCCAAAUCGGCCGUAGGAUCCGUUGCCCGAUAUGCGCGAAGACUUUUCGCCGAUCCUUUCACCUGGGCGAGAGUGUGGUGGUCGCAGCCUUUCACCAACGGGAGAGGACUCGUCAUCGGUAGACUCCUCGUAUUUUCUCUCCUCGAUUUGAGCUAUCACUUGAGAAGCUUUCGGCGAUUUUUAGUCGCCUAUGAGAAGAAUGUGGAGAUAUUGGUGUAUCUCAGCAAUCGUUCGAUUUGGAGGGUGUUUAAAGAUGUGGUUGUCGGGAGACGAAUCUGGAAGGGGGGUCUAGAUGAUUCGUGUUCUGAGGAGGAGGAGGAGGAGGCUUUCUUUUUGUGUGAAAUGAGGCCUAACUCGAUCAUCAUCCGAGGGCAAGCCAGCUCGAGUUUGAUUGUCUCGAAUUCAAAUCUGUUUACAAUCAGAAAAGAAAAGAGAGUUUUCAAUAAAGAUCGAUUGGCCAGCGCCAUUUCUUCGACCGAAGAGAUUUUAUUCUUGACUCGGAUUAAGGAGGCUAUGAUUGCUGGAAUAAAGAGGCCAGCAUACCAUUACGAUCUAUCGUCUGCUUUCAACGGUACAGCAUCGAGUCCGGUGAUGGCAAACGGUACUAUGACUAGUACGUUAAAGAGGCGUUUGGCUACCUCCCCAGCAACGUUGACGGGGCCAUACAUAAAGAUCAAACAAUUUCAAAUCGAAAUAACGCAGCGAGUUGUCUCUCGAUACUGGUCUGUAGCUGUAAAGGCUCGCCUUCGUAGCUCUUGUAUCGAGUCAAUGUGUCUGCAAAGCAAAGCACUCCUUGAAAGCGCAGUGCCCGUUGAUGUAGGCGUUAAUAUUGGCGUUGGCGUUAAAAAGUCUCUGGAUGCUCUCUGA